UAGUCAGCUGACCCGCGAGUUUGGUAAACAAGAGCUACUUAAAGCUUGCAUAAGUUGUAAAUAAUUCGCAUAGUUUGAUCGUUAGAAAUAACUGCUGGAAAAAAUAUCGUGUUUCCUUUAUUACAUUUAAAUUAUGUGGGGUGAAAAGAAAGUUCUUUAUAAAGCGGAUGGUGUGUUAUCCACCGUAAACGUUGUGGAGGCUCUUCAGGAGUUCUGGCAGAUGAAGGCGCAGAGAAAUGGCACAGCCGGUGCAGGCAGUAGCGCUCUGGUCAUCUACGAGUCAGUGCCCUCGGCACAUCCACCAUAUGUCUGUUACGUCACUUUGCCAGGGGGAGCAUGCUUUGGGAGCUUUCAGAAUUGUCCAACAAAAGCUGAAGCGAGGCGAAGUGCAGCGAAAAUAGCACUGAUGAAUAGUGUUUUCAACGAGCAUGAGUCCCGCCGGAUAUCGGAGCCCUUCAUAGAGAAGGCGGUCGCGGAGGCGAGGGCUUCCUUCGGGGGAGACGCCACCCCGCAUCAUCAGGACUCGAGUGCCGGGAUUGCGGCGUUUAGAUUUAUGCUGGAAGCCAACAAGGGACGAACGAUGCUGGAGUUCCAAGAACUGAUGACGGUCUUCCAGCUCCUCCACUGGAACGGGUCCUUACGAGCGAUGAGAGAACGACAAUGUUCCAGGCAAGAAGUAGUCGCUCACUACUCCGCAAGAGCACUGGAUGACACGAUGCGAGAGCAAAUGGCGAGAGAGUGGGCUUCGAGAGAGAGAGAGGCCGGGAGUGGGGGUGGAGUUCUCAGGAACGAGCUAGCGAGAGCAGAGAGGGAACUUAGAGCGGCUCGACUCGCGGCCAGAGAGCUGAGGUUCCCGAAGGAAAAACGUGAUAUAUUACUGAUGGCUGCCAGACACGCCCCGCCCAGUAGCAAUAGUGAUCUCACCCCGCGAAACUAAUGUUUGUUGUAUUUUAAUAUAGGCUAUUAGUAUAAGUA